GAAACAAGCAAAUAAGAGCUAUCGGGUUCUUUCACUAAACCUUCCGAAAUCCGAGACUCUGCAGAAUACUAAACCCUUGGUCCUUACCUACAGACAUGGACAGAUGCAUGUACGCUCUCAUUUUAGAGAACCUGAAAUUUUUUUUUAAAGGAAGGAGUCAACUUUGGCUUUGAGUAUUUGGCAUGGGUACAAUGCCUUAGAAAAGCAGAUGACCAGCUUAGCUACUGACCAUGCUGACCACUGUCCGGAAUCGGAUCAAAUCACAGAAAAACAACCAAUGGCUUUCUCUUAUAGAAUAUCUAAACAAAGCACAAUUCCUGAGCACAUUUUGCAGAGCUCAUUUGAUCACUUAAUCUCUUCUAACUGGUCUGGAUUACCAGAGUCGAUGCCAGAGGAAAUGAAACAGAUUGGUGAGGAACAGGGAAAUAAACCUCGCUGGGCAGCUCUUCUGAUACUCAUGGUGAUAAUACCUACAAUUGGUGGAAAUAUCCUUGUUAUUCUGGCUGUUUCACUGGAGAAAAAGCUGCAGUAUGCUACCAAUUAUUUUCUAAUGUCCCUGGCAGUGGCUGAUUUGCUGGUUGGAUUGUUUGUGAUGCCGAUUGCCCUCUUGACAAUAAUGUUUGAGGCUAUGUGGCCCCUCCCACUUGUUCUAUGCCCUGCCUGGUUAUUUCUUGAUGUUCUUUUUUCUACUGCAUCCAUUAUGCAUCUCUGUGCCAUUUCAGUGGAUCGCUAUAUAGCCAUCAAAAAGCCAAUCCAGGCCAAUCAAUAUAACUCACGAGCUACAGCAUUCAUCAAGAUUACAGUGGUGUGGCUAAUUUCAAUAGGCAUUGCUGUUCCAGUCCCUGUUAAAGGGAUAGAACCUGACGUGGGUAACCCAAACAACAUCACUUGUGUGCUGACAAAGGAUCGUUUUGGCAACUUCAUGCUCUUUGGCUCACUGGCUUCCUUCUUUAUACCUCUGACAAUCAUGAUUGUCACCUAUUUUCUCACUAUCCAUGCUUUACAGCAGAAAGCUUACUUGGUCAAAAACAAGCCACCUCAACGCUUGACAUGGCUGACUGUGUCCACAGUUUUCCAAAGGGAUGAAACAUCUUGCUCAUCACCUGAAAAGGUGGCAAUGCUGGAUGGUUCUCACAAGGACAAAACUCUGCCAAACUCAAGCGAUGACAUACUUAUGCGAAGAAUGUCCACAGCUGGAAAAAAGUCACUGCAAACCAUUUCCAAUGAACAGAGAGCCUCAAAGGUUCUAGGGAUUGUGUUUUUCCUCUUUUUGCUUAUGUGGUGCCCCUUUUUUAUUACAAAUAUAACUUUAGUUUUAUGUGAUUCCUGCAACCAGACUACUCUCAAAAUGCUUCUGGAGAUAUUUGUGUGGAUAGGCUACGUUUCCUCAGGGGUGAAUCCUUUGGUCUACACCCUCUUCAACAAGACAUUUAGGGAUGCAUUUGGCCGAUUCAUCACCUGCAAUUACUGGGCCACAAAAUCAGUAAAGACUCUUGGAAAACGUUCCAGUAAUAUCUACUUCCAGAAUCCAAUGGCAGAGAAUUCAAAGUUUUUCAUAAAACAUGGAAUGAGAAAUGGGAUUAAUUCUGUUAUGUACGAGAGCCCAGUGAGGCUCCGAAGUUCAACCAUUCAGUCUUCUUCAAUCAUUCUACUAGAUACACUUCUUCUCACCGAAAAUGAAGGUGACAAAAUUGAAGAGCAAGUCAGUUAUGUAUAGAAGGAAUGGCAGUUCUCAUUAACUAAUAUAAUGAUAAGAUGAUGAAGCAGAUAUAAAUGUACCAAAAAUUAUAUAAAGAACUAUGUCAUGUAUUAAAUCAUCUCUUUAAACUAAUAAGAGUUAUGCAUUAAGGUUAUUCAAUUUUUUGUGGACAAAAUUAUUCCAUGAAAAAAAUCAUUUUGCACACCUGCAAAUUAAAAUGUUAUCUGCAUAGCCUUUUUAUGGGAGCCAAAGAGCCCUUGACAAGAAUGUUAAGGUAGUCAAGUGAAGUAAAAUGAAAUAAAUCAAUAAAUUUCAGGCUUAAAAAACCCCCAAUGUUAUCAUAUAUAAUUUAUUUAGUUCCUAAUAGUAUGUAAAGCUAUGCUGCAAAUGAAAUAAAACAGGCAUUAAUCUUGUCUUCGACACCUUAAAGUAUAAGGCAUAACACAGAACAACAGUGACAGGAACAGAGGGCUAAAAAUACGUACACGAAAUAAUGAUAACAUCUGGGGAUAAGAUUGCCAUUUACAGUCUGGCUUAGUUAAAUGUAGUCAUGACUUUGCCUUGAUCAGGAAACUGUCUUGAUGGAGGGGUAGGGAGGAUAGGAGUUGGACAUCACACAAAAUCAUGGGAUCUUAGUGUUAAAUGGCUGGUACCAGGCAUCCACUCAGCCGAGGAGAAAGCAAAUGAAAUCACUCUUGGGUUCCUAAACCUCAUUAUGUUCCUUCCCUGAAGAGCAUGUACAAACAAACUGGAGGCAUGGGACCUUAAUUCAGGAACCUAAACUUUAAUGAUCUUAUAAACUCAGAUCACGGCUCCCUAAGCUUGCCCACAGACUUGUUUGAACUUUGAGCACAAACUUUUUAAUUCACCCUUUCAUUAUUUCAUUUUCCACUGUGAGAUCUGGGAAUAAAUCCCAUCUGUGUCACUUACUGUAUUUGGCCGUGUAUAAUGUGCACUUUUUGCCCAAAUUUGUGAGGGAAAAAUAAGGAUGCGCAUUAUACA